AUCGACGAACCCCCCUGAUAUUCCUUCCUCCACCAUCGAUCUACCCCCUCUUCCCGUCCCGAUUCUUCUCCAUUACUCUCUUAUGUCUGAGCUCAUCUUCAUCGGAAGCUAGCUCUUGCCAUUCGAACCAAUCAUUCCUCUUGGCCAUUCGAACCAACCAUUCAUGGCGUCACUAAGCUUCGCGCCCUAACCAUUCAUGAUCUGUACAGAAUCGGCGGCGCGGGUCGGUCUCUGCAACUUCAAGCUCGUGGUCGACGCCGAGGGUGAGAAUGGAAGCGCGGCAGCGGAGCCAGAUUUGAGCGCGAAGGUGAAUGGAUUGCAGAUGCCUAAUCCAUUCGUGAUCGGGUCCAGUCCCCUCGGGACCGACUACACUGUGAUGAAGCGUGCGUCGAUGGAGGCUGGGGGUGCUGUCAUUGCCAAGCGUGGUUUCACUCGAUUCGUUGCUCGACUCUUCUGAGAAUUUGAUUUAGGCUGCCUACCUGAUAAGUCUGAAAAUUAGGAUCCGUUUGAGAACUAUUCUGAGAAUUAGGAUCCAUUUGAGAACUAUUCAUGUUGAAUAGAAAAUUUGGGGACGAAGUAAUGAGAACCCUAAUUUCAAAAUUGAGUAAAGGUUGGGGAUUCGAUGUGACUCGCGCAAAGCUGAUGGGUAAUAAAUGGAUAAUUUUUUU